AUGAUAAAGGCAAAUUCCGCUAUGGUGAUGUUAAGGCGUUCCGCUACUGCCAUGCGUGGUGUGAAAAGGAAAUGCAGAAAAGGAAAAAUAAGCACAAAAAGAACACUUUCCCCCAUAAGAACAUCUUGUCCCAUAGGUAUUUUGGUUUGUUGGCACCCCACCGCCCGCCCCACCACAACAAUGUGUGAAGUACGUUUGGCUUCCCUGAAGAGAUGGAAGUGCGUAAGCUGCGCGCCGCGGCAAGGCGGCCCCCAUUGCCAAAGGCGAGCCGCGGUUGGCAUCAGAGGUCCACGGCGCCUACCCCAAGAUGUUGGCAAAAAGAAAAAGUUGAGGAGGGCACGGCACCCCGGGUUCCAGUACCAUCACUGA